CUGCACUAGUCUGUUUAGUCAAUGCUCAAAAGAACUAGGUACUUAAAUAUGUUGAGGCAACGAGAUUUUGCUUUAUUUUUAUAAUCAUUUUAAGAGAAAUUUGCAAAUUUUACAAAAUAUAUUUACGUUCUUCUGACAUAAUCUCUUUAAUAAACUAAACGAAAAACAUAAAUACAAAUUGGAUUUGAAGAUUCAAAUAGAAUAAAAUGUUCGAUUUUGCACAAAUAACAUAACAUUGAGAAUCAAUGACUGUUAUUUAAAUGUCAAUUGAAUUUAUAGAUAUUUAUUUUGAGAGAAUUAAAAAAAAAUGAAUUGGAAAAAGACGUCGAUUAUUUUGUGUUUAUUUGGAUUUGUAAAAGAAUUCAGACCCUCGGAACCUUUUGUAACAAGUUACUUCACAGGAUCAUGGAAAAAUUUUACUUCUGAGCAGGUCAAUCAAGAAAUUUAUCCUUAUGGAACCUAUAGCAAUUUGGCAUUCUUAAUUUUUAUAUUUUUGAUGACUGAUUUUUUACGAUAUAAGCCGGUGAUUAUUCUAUGUGGAUUAUCAGGAACAGCAACAUUUUUAACAUUACUACUUGGAAAAUCGUUAAUUGAAAUGCAAAUAGUGGAAAUUUUAUAUGGAUUAUUUAUUUCCACUGAAGUUGCUUAUUAUACAUAUAUGUAUGCGGCGGUGGAUAAAACACAUUAUCAAAAAGUCACAGGAUUUACAAGAGCCGCCUUUUUAUUUGGAAGAUUUUUGUCUGGCGUUGUAGCACAAUUAACUGUAUCUUAUGGACUAUUGGAUUAUGAACAAUUAUUGUAUUUGACAAUAUCUGCACUUGGACUUUCAACGGUCUGGGCUUUUCUAUUGCCUGGGGUUAAAGGCUCGAUUUAUUUUCAUCGUGUCAAAGAUAGUGAAAAUUUAUCACAUGACAAUGAUGAUAUUAAAUUUGACAAGGAAAUUGAAUCUUCAAUGAAAUCACCGAAAUCGAAAAAUAUUUUAUUAAAAUUAAAACAAGCGUAUAUAUUGUUGUGGAAGGAUUUUCUAAAAGCUUUUACAAAUAGUCAUGUUGUUAAAUGGUCUUUGUGGUGGGCUUUUGCAACUUGUGGAUAUGUACAAGUACUUAAUUAUGUACAAUUAGUAUGGGAAACUGCGUAUGGAAAAGAUAAAAAUAAAAUAUUCAACGGUGCAGUUGAAGCUCUUUAUACAAUAAUUGGUGCUGUGUCAGUGUUUGGAGUUGGGACAUUAAGAAUUAAUUGGUCUUUAUUCGGAGAGAUAACUUUAUCGAUAUUUUCUUUUAUAGAAGGUAUCUUAUUAUUUGUGUCUUAUAAAAGUUAUGAUAUCUGGUUGUUAUAUGGGGUUUAUGUAGCUUUUGGUGUUAUUUAUCAUACUGUGAUAACCGUUGCCAGUUUUGAAGUUGCGAAACACUUGUCUGAAGAUAGUUACAGUUUAGUUUUUGGAAUAAAUACUUUUCUUGCACUGGUGCUUCAGAGUUUGCUGACUUUUCUUGUAGCAGGCGGAAAUGUUUUUAUUCUCGACAUCAGGCAACAGUUUCUCGUUUAUAGUGGUUAUUUUGGUGUUCUUGGAUUAAUUUUCAUGAUAAUGGCCUUAUUUACUAUUAUUAAUUAUCGCAGACAGGGUAGAAGUUUUCAAUUUUGGCUACAUGAAGAGAGAGCGAUUAAUGAAAGUUGAUUUCUAGUUUAAAUGACACGUAACAAUAGAGGUAAAAAUAUAAUUUAUCAAUAAAAUAUAUAUUUUUUAAACAUUGUCUAUAAUAUAAAUGAGAAAAAUAAUUAUUACAGAAUGUGAACGGAAAUAAUAUAAAUUUAAAUUUAUAGAACCUGGACUUUGAACAAAUUGAAAACGUCCUGAAUAUGAUGAGAAUAAUUUUAAAGGAAAUUAUUUAAAUUUUACAAAGCCUUUAGUGUAGUAUAAUUUUAAGUAGUGAAUAUAAAAUUUUAACAGUUUUUAUUUGCAAACAUUAUUUAUUGAAUUAAAAUCAAUUUUAUAAGAGCUUAAGUUUUUUAUAUAAUAUAUUUUUUUAAAAAAUGACAUUGCAAAUUUUAUUAAUUUCAUUCUAAAAAACAAAUUUUGGAAAUUUUUUCAUGAUUUUUACUUUCUUUUUCGACUAACAAAAGAAAAAGUUUUUUAAAUAUCUUAUAUUCUUGAUUAUUGUAUAUUUGUAUAUAUUUGUAUAUUGUCAUCUUGUAAUUGUUAUGAAAAAUAGUAUAUAGAAUAUAGAAAUUUGAUAGUAUAGAUAAAAUGAGACUGAAAAAGAAGUCAAAUAUUUGAAAAAAUAUAUUAUUUUUAACAUAAAAAUGUAGAUACUGUGUUUACAAAAGACGUUAAAUAAAAUGUUUUAUAAUAAUAAUUUUAAUAAUGAGCUUUUUCUUAAUUUUUUGUUCUCAUUAGAUUAUUUUCAAUCAAAUUAAAAUUUAUUUAAUUGCAAUAUAUAUUUUAUUGAAAUUAAAAUUUUUCUUAUAAUCAAAACAACUUCCUGGACAUUAAAAUAGUAUUUAGAUUAUAAUAUUAGAGUUGCGAAAAAUAUUGAACGUUGCAAAUCAAUUGAAGAGAUAAGUAUCAACGAAUCAAUCGUUAUUGAGCAAUGAUGAAAAUGAACUUGAAUAAAGUCGAUAGAUUAUAUUAUUUCUGGAUCGAGACCUGCUGUAAAAAUAAGUAGCGUAAUUUUGUUUAUAGACAGAUAUUUAUCAACGUCAAUUGCUUGAAACAAUAAUUGCAAAUUUUGUUUGAAGAAAAUGUGUUACGUAUAAUAAAUGAUUUAAAAGUUUACAGAAA